CGCCGCUUUGCCCCGCCCAGCCUCGCCCCGCCUCGCCGUUUGCCUGUAAGGUGCUCGGUCCUUCCCAGGAAGCUAAGGCCGCGUUGGGGUGAGGCUGAGGCUCGCUUCAGCCGGCGGCUAGCACCAGGCAAGGCAGCCCCAGAAAUGGCCUCCGUCUCGGAGCUCGCCUGCAUCUACUCGGCCCUCAUCCUGCACGACGAUGAGGUCACGGUCACGGAGGAUAAAAUCAAUGCCCUCAUCAAAGCAGCAGGUGUAAAUGUUGAACCUUUCUGGCCUAGUCUAUUUGCAAAGGCCCUGGCCAACAUUGACAUCGGAAGUCUCAUCUGCAAUGUUGGAGUUGGUGGAGCUGCCCCAGCAGCUGGUGCUGCUCCUACUGGGGGUACUGCCCCGGCAGCUGGUGCUGCCCCUGCUGAAGAGAAGAAAGAGGAAGUUAAGAAAGAGGAAUCCGAAGAAUCAGAUGAUGACAUGGGCUUUGGCCUUUUUGACUAAUUAUCUCUUGUAAUACAGCAAAUAAAUAGUUGCAAACUCU